ACUAUUCCUCAACAAAAACAAAACUGGAUCCCUAUCUCACCCACCACCUCCUGUCUUCUUUUUCCUCUAGACAAGAAGAAGCAACACCAGCCGCGAACAUGACCGAGCUAGCCUUUGCCCAAUCCUUUUUGUCAAUGCUGGGGGGUAUCCCGUCCAAGAUAACCCACGACCACGUUGAGGAUCCGCGUCGGUAUACAGUCACCACUCCUUACACCCUCCCUCACCACCCCACCCUGCCCAAGAAAUUCACCCGCCGUACUUGCGCCACGAAGGCGCCCCCCGAAUCUAUCACCGUAACCGCCGUCUCCCCUCGCAACCCACCCCUAUCCAUUACCCUCCCCUCCCCCCUUCCGGUCAGCACGACCUCAGUCCUGGAUAUCAAAAACGCGAUCUCCCUCCAAACGGGUGUCCCAGUCCAAAAGAUAAAGUUGCUGCACCAGAAGAAACCUGCUCAGGACUCCAAAACGUUGAAGGAUGUCCUAGCGGGGGAGGGGAAAGAACAACUGGAGCUGGGGUUGAUGAUCAUUGGGGGCGCGGCGUCGGUGCCGGAACAGAAGCCGCCAAAACAGGAGGAUGAAAUGGAGGUGGACAGUAAGGAAGCGGAACCGCAACAACAACAACAACAACAACAACCUGUUGCGGCGCCCGGACAGCAAAGUGGACGGGAGGUGUUGGAUACCGAAGAGUUUUGGGCUGAUUUGAAGGGGUUUUUAGAGCAGAGGGUUAGGGAUGAGGGUGUGGCUAAAGAGGCGGUGGAGAGGUUUAGAUUGGCCUGGAGGUCGUGAGGGGGAGGGGGGUUGAAGUGGUGGUAUGAACACGGUAGCUACUAUGGUCAUUAAUUAGUUGAGGUUGCAAAGGCCGCUCACCCAGCAAAGUCAUCCUGUCACAUUUAAAACAGUUAGAAACGUUGGCGUGUUGGGUGUGGUGAUUCUGGGGCGAGGAACUCCAAAGAUAGUUGACACACACACACACAUACGUCCGCCUCUUGAACAUGUAGAUGAUCCUUUGCGAGGACCUAUCGAGAUGUAACUAUCUGUGAUUUUGAUAAUGAC